GCGAGCAGUCGAAUCCGGAUGUCCGAAUGGCCGUUCGUUGCAUACCGGCGGCAGCGAGGGAGGAAGGGGAAAAGGGGCACCACUGCCACCAUGAUGGCGAGCAGCAGAAGUAGAAGGACGAGGUCGAGGACGAAGACGAAGACGACGUUCUUGUGAAGGGCGAAAUAAAAUGGAGGCAACGACUAGGGCACUCCGAGGAAGGCCAAUACGCACGGGACGGAAUGCAUGAAUGAAUCGAUGGACGAGUGGAGCAGGAGGAAGUCGUGCGUGCAGCAACGUGCUCGAUCUUUGCCGUCAGAUGUGAUGCACCUUUGUUGACUUGGGAUACUGCCGAGUUGAAUGUGCUGAACCGAGGUGAAGUGCGCGACUCAGCGACAGAGAGGCGUCUUGUUUUCUAAUUACGCUACGCUACUGCCUGCCUACGCGUUCGGGUCCGGCUACGUUUACUGGGUUUUGACAGUUGUUAGGAGAGGAAGGUUUGAAGUGCUGACUUGGAAGUCUUUGAUCCUUCCGCGGUCGUAUGUCGGUGAAGCUUGUGACGACAGAGGGCAGGAAGCACAAGAGUUGCGUGCACUGGACGAUGGGGUGAGUGGAUGUGAGCAUAUCGAAGUGCCAGUGGUUAAAAUUGGCUAAGGUUUCAACACAAGGAUGCUGAUGCGACCAAAUUUAUCAUAUCCGAAUGCAACUGCCCGUGGAUGGACAAAUUUCCAACAAGUGUCAUCAAAGCGUCUACAACGGAGUACUCGAGUGACCUGACCGGUGGAAACGAGGAAGAAACUCUCUAAUUGAGAGUGGAUGGGGCGCGGCUGCAAAUCAAUGGGAGGCAGCCGCUUACUUUUGGUUUUGUAUAUAAUAUGGCAGUUUCAUUUUUCACCGAUUCUAAGUGCGAAUUCUGCACAAAGAUUACCCGGUUAUGGGCUGAAACAGGAAGAUCGAGUUGUAUCUCGAAUUGCAUUCGGCUCUUGUGCCAAUCAGAGUGCCCCUCAGCCCAUCUGGACGGCAAUUUCAAACUUCGACCCCUCGUUGUUCAUAUGGCUGGGAGAUAAUAUAUACGCAGAUGCCAAGCUUCCCGUUCGGUUUAUUGGGCGGAAACGAACUUCCGGUCCGUUCAAGAACACCCCUCGUUUUUGGCCCGUCUCAGCAGAAGUGAUGGAACAAAAGUACAUGAUUGCCAAAAACAAAUCUGGUUAUGAAGCCCUUCGCAGGACAGCUCAAAUUAUUGGAACAUGGGAUGACCACGACUAUGGAUUGAACGACGCUGGGAAGGAGUUGUCAACAAAAGAUGUCAGUCAGAAACUUAUGCUUGACUUUUUUGAUGAGCCUAAGGAUAGUCCAAGGCGCAAACAGAAGGGUGUGUAUGCAUCUUACUUAUACGGACCUAAAGGAAAGCGAGUGAAGGUGAUUCUUUUGGAUACCAGGUAUCAUAGAGAUCCUCUGGGGAGCAAUGGUGCAAUGCUAGGGGAGACGCAAUGGGCAUGGUUUGAGCAGGAGUUGAGAAAAGGAGAUUCUCAAAUCACUAUAAUCGCCUCAUCCAUACAGGUGGUAUCAAAUGUGUCUGCAGUGGUUCAACCCUUUUUUCACGUUGAGUCGUGGUCCAAUUUUCCGGCGGAGCAGGAGCGUUUGUUCAAACUGAUCGCUGACAACAAUGUUAGUGGAGUAAUAUUUCUUAGCGGAGAUGUUCAUUUUUGUGAAAUAAGCCGUUUCGAUUGUGGACCAGUGGGAUAUCCCAUUUACGAUUUGACAUCAAGUGGACUUACACAAGCCGUGGAGGAACUGACAAAUCCAUUAGUGGCGUUUGUUAUAAGAUUUGCGGCAUGGUUUGUGCCCAAUACUAUGCGCGUUUACAAUUCACAAUGCAGAUACAAGUCAUGUGUCUACGGAAAACGGAAUUUUGGAAGUAUAGAGAUCGAUUGGGAUGCCGAUCCGGUAAUGAUAAAAAUGAGUGUAAGAGAUAUCUUUGGAACAACAGUGUCAGGAACAGAAGUGCCCUUGUCGAUUUUACAGCCUGGAGCACUCAACACACAACCUUUACAACGAGGUGAAGUAAGGAGGCAUUGCACGCUGGAUGUGGAUCUACCGUGGACUCGGAAAUAUCUGCUGGCUUACGCUUUUUUCGGGACAUCCUUUGUGUUGACAAUGUCACCCUUUCUCUUGGGUUACAUGACCUUUAAAUUGCUCAGAGCCCGAAGACGCCGUGAGCCAAACCAAAAGCCGGACUGAUCAUCUGGUGUUGUAUAAGGUCGUUGACGAGGACUAAAACCAUCCCAUGUUUUACUUGGUUUUGGAAGGCUGCGAUGUAAUGUCCUCGGUCUUUCCAAGAACUGUACAGGAAUUGAUAUCAAGUUUGUAAAAUUCUCAGCUUGUAAGCUACUAUUGGUUUAAUUUUCACCUCAUCUCACAAAUGAGACAUGGAAGUGCUUCACUGCUGUAAGAUUUAGAUCACUUCAUGAUAUGGUGUAUUCGUUUUCUAUCGUUUCUUCGGUUGUCAAUAGUCGUCGGUUGGGAUCUUUCGCAAGAUGGUAGACCAGUGAAGUGUUGCUUGUGGUUUUUGAAAUACCUAGGAGUUUGAACUCACAGUUUAGUGAAACGGUACAGGAUUUUUCCCCUACCGGCAGGACAAGUCCUCUUGGCUCCGCAUCGCUUCACAGUUGCUCUUACUCAAUUCCUAAUAAUGUAGACAAGAACCAGGGGAAAUUUUUGCCGUUGCACCAAUGAAAGUUUCACCGAGUUAAAUGUACUCUAAUGCAAGCACCCUAUCAACAGAAUUCACCGUAGCAUUACUUCUUGUGAAGGCUUUCACUAAGUUAUGUGCCACUGUGGACUAAGAUUACUGCUGUGAAGCGUCGAAUUACUGAAGCUUC